AUGGAGGCUAAACUAAAGGAAUACCGGGCACUAAGACGCCGUAAGGAACUGAUUGAAAACGCUAAACAGAAGAUAGAGCAAUCCAAAGACAAAUUAAUAAACUUUUUAGUGCCUAAAAUAAUCCAAGACAUGGGAAAAGUUCAUGAGGAUGAAGUUUUGUUGAUGGAAAAUGAGCAGCCACCACCAACAGACCAAGUAGUAGAAGAAAUCAAUGAUGUAGUUUCCGAAGUCAGCGAAGUGGAAUCAUUUGAUGAGCCUGAAGAAUCAUGGAGACACUGUAUGAUCAGAUGGACAGUAUACAUAUGUAUAUGGGCAGUAUUCUGGGCAGUGUUCAUUCAUUUACAGUUUGGUGCUGUGUACUUCGUGAUAACCAUUUUAAUAGGUAUCUAUCUUAACACUCGUACAAGACCGAGGAAGAAGGGAGAAGUGUCUGCGUAUAGUGUUUUCAACCAAAACUGUGUUAGUAUUGAUGGUACUUUGAAAGCGGAACAGUUUGAGAGGGAGAUUCGGUAUGGUGCGGGUACUGUUAGAAGUUUUUAA